GGUUUAGGGCUUGCGGCGAGGAGGGAUGGGCAGGAAGAAGAAAUUCAUCGACAAGAAGAAAUCCGCCACAUUCGCGCUGCUCUACCGGGAAUCUGGCGAUGGCGAGGAGAUUGGGGGUGAGCGAGUGUACACGCGAGUGGACGGCAAUGCCGCGAUCCGGUUGCCAGGUUUCGAGCAAGACGACGACGAUGAUUCCAGGUUUGCUGAUGCUGAGGAGGAAGAGGAAGAAGGGGAAUUGGAGGCGGCAGUGGCGAAGAUGGAGAUUACUCCGCAGGGAUUGCCGGAGCAUGUAAGGAGAGAGCUCGUGGAGAUGGGAUUUCCAGACGAUGGCUACAAUUACAUGAAACAUAUGAGGAGCAUUGGUGCUGGAGGCGGUAGCGUCUUUGUUCCUACGACCAGUGAGACGAGUAAUGUUCUUCCAGCCGAUUUUAAGGCUUAUGAUGCUUCCAAAGUUCCUGUCAAGGAAGCGGUUGCGGACGAAUCUGCCAGUAACACGACCAAUCUCAGGCCGAUUCGAAGUGCGUUUGUCAAGGUGGGAGGCUUGGAUCCCGAAGUUGCUGCUGUUCUCGAGGAGAGUGAUUUCUCAGACGAUGAUGGGGACGAGUCCGAUGGUUUGGAAGACGAUUUUAUCCUCAUUGCAAACGAGGGGGUGGAGGAAGAAGCCAAAGCCGAAACUUCCAACAGGAAGGAUUUGCCACCCGUGAAAAGGUUCGAAGAAGAGGAAGAGGAAGAAGUCCGGUCUUUCGCAGCGAUGGCCAUCACCAACGAGCGAGCGAAUGGGAUUCUCGACGAGCAGUUUGAAGUGCUCACCUCGAAAGAAUACGACUGUGAUGUUGCGGACUUCGGGGACGACGAUCCGCGAGCCAGAGGCCAGGCCCACAUUUCUGAAUUCACGUCGAUCUUUGACGAGUUUCUUGCGGAAAAUCCGAGUUUCGCGAGCAAGCCAGUUCAACGGACAGUGAAGCAAGAGAGACUGGAAGAAGUGCCAGCAAAGUUAGAGUUAGUGGUGCAAGAGUAUGAGGAGUUUGGAAAAAGCAGUGAGUCUGCAGAGGAAGAGCUGGAAACAGUCUGGGUUGCCGAAAGCGACGAUGACAAAAAGGCGAAAUGGGACUGUGAGACGAUCGUGUCUACACUGUCGAACCUCGACAACCAUCCAUCGAGGAUCGGUGCUCCAGUCGGCAAACGGGUCGACUUCUCCUCGAUUCGCCAGGCGCAGCAGCAAGUGAUUCGCAUUGGCGGCAAGCAAAAGUUGCCACUGGAUUUCGUGACGCCAAAGACGAGCGAAGUGUCGAGCGAGCGGAAGAAAGAGUCGGAGCCACACAAGAAAACCGCUCCGCUGCGACAAAAGGGAGAGAGCAAAGAGGAACACAAAGCUCGAAAGAGCGCUGUGAAAGAAGAACGACGAGCUGCGAGGAUGGCCAAAAAGGAGCUCAAAACUCGAUUCAAAAUUGAGUCACAGAGAGCACAGUCUGGGGCCGCAGUAGCAGCACCACCAACAAUUCACCUCUAGGUAGCUUAUUCUCGUUCGACAAAAUCGACCAUAUGCUCCACUUUUCUUCUUCGCUUUUUUCUUACAGGAUCGGCUCUUUUCUAUACUCCCUGAGAAUGACAGGGACGCUCGUCGGUGGAACCUGCACAACCGGAAAACUCAGUCACUCAAACUUCUGUUUUCAAUGAUGCAACUCACCAUCCCGUGCUCGGUGAUGAUCAUCGAGACGUAGUCGGCAGGAGUCGCGUCAUACCUGGAAGUAACGCAAUAUGAAGAAAGGAAGAAAGGAAUCUCAUUUGCACACUCA